UUUGGACUCCUCCUUUAGGUUCUGGAGAUGAACUCUGCGGUCAUGAGACUGAGACGUACUGUGAGUCUGCUGGUGGUGAUGGUGAUGAUGGUCCUGCUGGACUUUACAAACUAUGUUUGGACGCUGCCGGCGCCCAGCGGCGUUUCCAUGGAGUCUGUUGACAUGAGCCAUGUACUGAGGUGGCGCCCGCCGCAGGCUCCCUGCAACACUGCAGUUCUUUACUCUGUUCAGUUCCAGGGGGAGUUUGAGCUGACGGUGCUGAACGGCAGCUGGGUGAACGCUCCCGAGUGCCAGUGGAUCCCUCACGCUCACUGCGACCUGACCUUUGACCUGGGCUCCGACUCCGACUACAACGUCCACGUCAGAGCGCAGUGCGGCUCCCAGCCGUCGCCGUGGACCGAACUGAGCCCGCCUUUCAACCGCAGAGACACGGUCCUGACGGCGCCGGAGAUGGCGGUGGCGGCGGUGGGCGACGCCCUUCGGGUGUCGUUUGACAAGCUUCCUCUCACUGCUGUCGUCAGGGUGACGGUGUGGAAGAGAGGCGACGAGCUGCAGGCUGCCGUCUACUCGCUGCCGGCUGAGGAGUCGGUGCUUCACGUCCCCGCCCUGCAGGAGGAAGCGGUGUACUGCGUCCGAGCUCAGACCGUCCUGGACACUCAGCUCUACAGCAGCAGCACCGACAGCCAGUGUGUCUCCAUCACAGGAGACGGCGCCUGGAAGAAGCCGACCACGGUGACCGUGACCGUCAUCGCCAUGGCCGGUCUGCUGUUCGCCGUCUUCUGGUCCGUCGUCCACUGCCGUCCUCGAGCCUGUCGGGCCUAUUUCCAUAAAGAGCCACUGCCCCACUCACUGAAAGCUGAUUGGGACAUUCAGAUCCCGAUGAGCCCUGAGGAGGCGGAGCUUUGUGAGCCGAUCCAGGUGAGCGUCGACCCCCGACCACCGACGGGCUGAGGACCUCGGACCCUGAAGAGGCUCGCCUUGGAGACGCUCAGCUUCCGUUCACUGUGGGUUUUGUGGAGAGAUGCCGUUGAGCUCAGCUCUCCGGGGAGUUUACGGGGUUCGUGGUGCAUUCAAAUGUCAUGGGAAAAGCAGAAGAAACAGAGAGAGAGACAGCUGAGCUGCUCUGUAAACCAGUCCACAGGAAAUGUUUCACCUGGUUUGUGGCCGGACGGACUCCGAGUCUCUCUGCUGAUCCCUGGUUGGUUAAAUGAUAAUAAUCAGCUGACCUUUGGAAGGCACCGUGGAGACUUUCCUCAAAAACAACUUCUGUUUACGGACACGUGACGGCGCCCUCGAGAGACUGCAGGAGUUAUGAAGGAACUAAAGAGGAAGUCGGUCAACAGAACUUUAAAAAACCUCACCGCGGGAGAUCGCUGUUCGUUUGUCUUUGACUAUUCCUGAACCUUAAAGGUCCCAUAUUGUAAAAAAAGUGAGAUUUUCAGGUUUAAGUGCUUAUAAAUACUGUUAAACUAUCAAAACGCUCAAUAUACGGAGAAAUACACACAGCCCGUAUUCAGAAAUUGUGCGUUUGAAACAAGCCGUCAGGAUUUCUGUAUAAUUGUGAUGUCACAUUCUGUUGCUCAGCAACGCAAUUCCAUUGAAAUGCACUAAAACAGAGCGUUUCAGACAGAGGGUGAAUACAGGUAUAUUCAGGCUGACAGUAGGGGAAAAAAAGGUUUUUUUAUUCCCAAUGUCAAGAAAUGUCCCCACUUUCCAAAAACAUGUCCUCACUUUCCCCAAAAAGAUUUCACAUUACAAAAGUGUCCUCACAUCAUACAAAUAUUCUCACAAUGUUUUUGUGUUCCAUGUUCUUAAUUUCCUAAAAAGUACCAAUUUUCAAAAAACAUCCUCUUUUGAAAUAUUUCCAAUUUCAAGAAAUGUCUUCACUUUGCAAAAAAUGCGGUCACUUUCAAAAUGUCGUUAUUUUCUAAAAUAACCUCACUUUCCCCGCUUCAUAAAAAUAUUCUCACAAUCCAGGUUUAACUCUCCAAAAAAUGUCCUCACUCUACAAAAAUCUAAAUUUCCGGGUUUUCUUGGAUGAAGAAAACAAACACGGUAUGAAACACAUUUAAAGCUGUUUUUCUUUAAAUGUUUAUAGAGUAUUUAUUAUUCCGACACACACACUUUACUGUACAGUAUGUACUUCAUAACAUUUUUGUUUCUGUUGCCGUUACAUGAUUUCGCCGUUUUAAUGGUGUUUUAUUAUAUUUAUAUUGUAUUUUAUUUUUAUUUUUUGAUAUGAAUUCUGAAGAAGUGAAGUGAAUUUGUUUGUUUGUGUUCAGGUUCAAUUAAAGUGAUACUUGGAACGAAUAUUUAGUGUCAUUCAAUUAAAUUUGUUUAAAAGAAAGAAUCCAAGAUCAGAACUGCAUCCAUAGCAACGGUUUAUACAUAGCAACAGUCUUUUAUACAUUGCAACGGUGUUUUAUA